AUGUUUAGACGUGCAGUACAGAAUAAGAUCUUUCUCAGGUCAUAUAUCACUCCUUCUUUGGAACAUUUAGCUCAGGAUCAGGGCCUUUCAGGUCUUUUUUCAAAGGAAGGUUUGAAGUCGGCAUGGUUUGAUCGCGCUGAGCAUUACACCGAGAAAUUGAACGUAUUCUCAGCUAAUACCGACCAAAAACCUUUGGAAACAAUCAUACACGAGAAUGCCAAUGUCUCUUCUAAGAAACAAAUAUUCAACUACGCAUCUUUGUUAUACAAUUUGAAAUUCUCAAUGUCAUCGUUACAAGGUUGUUCGAUACCACUUCCAGCAGAAAAACCAGAUAGAUCGCAACUUGUAAAAACACCGGACCUAACUUUAAGUUAUGGAAAUGAGCCACUUUCAACAGGGAAUGAAAGAUUACAUCAAGCUUUAGUUCAUUCCUUUGGUUCUAUCGUCGAGUUUAGAACUCUACUACUAAAUUCUAAUAAUGCCAUUUCAGGUGAUGGUUUCACGUGGUUAGUUGCAAGACAAUUCAAUACUGCAGAUUCAAGCGCUAUCAAAUUUGACCAACUCUUCAUUGUUAAUACAUACAAUGCUGGAUCACCUUUCAAUUCCAACAGAGUGGGUUCUUUCAAGCACCUGGAAGAGAGUAUCAAAAAGAAGAACGACGAAGAAUACAAAGCUAGUAAACUAGAAACUGCAAUUGAUGCUGCAGUUUAUCCAAAGACUAAAUAUAUCCCAUUGUUAGCAAUCGAUGCUUCUCCAAAGGCAUGGUUAACCGACUAUGGUGUUUUUGGCAAACAACAAUAUUUGGACAGAGUCUGGGAAUCCAUAGAAUGGAAGGUAGUAGAAAAUAGAUUACCAGCUUUUGAAGCAAAAGCUUUCAACAACUUGUAA